AAACCUAUGCAUUUCAGCUAUGUCGGAGGAGUCCGCAACCACUCCACCCGUCGUAGCUGAAAAUGGGGAGAAAGCGGCGGAAGCUGAAGUUACAUCGAAAAUGUCCGAAGUGAAAAUUGAAGAGAAAGCGGAGGAAAAGAAAGAAGAAAACCAAGCUGCCGCCGACGCUCCUCCACAAGUCGAGCAGGACGUGAAGAACGACUCGCGAGAAAAUGGAGAUGACGGCUUUCAUACACCGGAAGCAACCGAUGGUGCACAGAAGGAAGAUGCUGAACAUAAGGAAAAUGCUGAGAAAGGCGAUAAAGAAGGCGAGACCAAACUUGACGAUGAUGAGAUCGAGGAUAAUCCCGCAUACAUUCCUAGGAAAGGUAGGUAUUAUAUGCAUGAUUCUCGUGACGCCGAAGAAGAGGUGGAGGAGGAAAAGAGAACCAGUAGAGCCGACGGAGCCUGGAAACAUGACAGGUUUGACGAACGUUGGCAACGUCCGAAGACAAAAAAGCAAAUUAUGACUCGCUAUGGUUUUGAUAUACGAGAAGGAGAAACUCAGGAAGAAGCUGAGGAAAACCAGCGAAAACGUUCUACUGAGAAGGCUGUUGCAAAAAAGGAGACUUCUGAAGAAACUGAAGCUGCUGGGGAGAAAAGACGAGCAAAAAAAGCACCACCCAAGGGGAAAGUACGCCCUCGCAUGGAAAAGUCUGAAAAUGCUUCCGCAAAAACUCGUCCGCAGAAAGUGCAGAAGUCGGAGAGUAAGUCUACCGAUGAGCGGCCUUCGCAAGGAGAAGAGCGGGUUACGAAUUCUCGACGCGAUGACGAUGACGACGACGAUAUUCAUGUAGGUCAGCGACGUCAAGUGCAUCAGGAUCAUCGUCGCGAACGUCACGAUCGUGAUGUGCGUGUCGUACGCAAUGUGCGCGGCAGUAGAGGUGGUCUUGGCGGACAUCGUAUCGAAAGACACGCUCCAUCGAAGGACCGUUAUGAGCGCGAUCGUUAUAGAGACCAUGACGGCGAAGGAAGAGGAUAUAAAAGGGAUCAACGACACGAAGAACGAAACUAUGAGAAUCACAGACGUGGAGUGAUGAGAGGCAGUGUGAGAGGAGCCAGCUCAUACACGCGUGGACAACCGACGCGAACAUUCACAGCAUUGAAUCAUGACAACAACUAUCAACGCGAUGAAGUGCCACCACAGAGAAAUGCAGGAUAUUCGCCAAGAGCUUUAGACAAUGGCGCUUUCUAUGACACCCGAGGCAGCUACGUGCCUCGUGGUGGUUACGUUGGACGAGGACGUGGAGGAAUUGUAACAUCUCCACGCGGUGGUUACUCUCCGCGCGGUGACAGCUUCCCAACGCGGGGAUUCACAGGACCGAAGCGAUACUCCGAACAACGUGGCGAAAUCUUACCGCCGGCAACGAUUGCUGUACCACCACCGAUUCCUCCACCACAGCAUAACUUCAGUAUGCCGCGUCAGCCGACAGAUGUGGUAUACUUCGAUCCCACCCAGCAGCCAAGCAGGCAGCCAUUGCCACCACGUGAAAAGAAAAUUAUCGAAAUAGUGCCACCGUCGAACUGAGCUGCUCCAAUACGAGACGAGUCAUAUCGACUACAGCCUGACGAGGGAGGCUCUCAGCCGAAGUUCUUACCCGCUGAUUCAGCAAAGUUGUGUUCCUUAUGGUUGUCUUUGUACUUGUCUAGGGCGCUCUAUAUACCCUCUUCUGUAGAGGGGCAUUGCAGAUUGCAAUUAUUCAUCACCACAAGAAACUAUGCUGACUAGCGGACCUAUCCAAGCGCCCAAGUUUUUGACUGGCACUCACUUAUGUGCCGCUCAUGGUUGCUACUGAUUCAGUGAGAGCUCAAGAGUUUCCCUUGAUCAGUUUGUUGUUGCUCCAAUAUUGAAACAAAGUAGGGUUAAACGUUCUUCGAAUGUGUUAUGAGCCACAGAAUUCCUUGUCCCGUCACCCAGAAAUGCAUGUGCUUGAGAUUCAAUUAGAAAAUCCAAAAAGUCUAUAUUUAUGUGGCAUUUGCUAGCUUCGAGCACCAAUUUGUUGAGUUGCAUGGAAGAAAUAUUUUUCCUAUUACUCAGCUGGUUUCUGUUCAGUUUUGUUCAUUUUAUGUCUUCGAUUUCACUAAAUUCUUACCAUAAUUUGCACUCGUGUUGAAAAUUUGCGUUUUUCGAGGUUGCAUUAACUUCGCUUAUAAAUUCGAGAAAAAGUACAAAACUGAACUGAUUGGGGA